AUGAUUAUACGCAAACCAACAACUAUCACUUUGAAACCAGAGGAUGAUUAUUAAGAAUAUGAGGAUUUUAAGAAAAGAUAAGAAGAAUAAAAGAAAAAUUAAAUACAAUAAAAGAAAGAAAUGUUCACAUGGUCACAAUAAUAACAAGCAUAGAUAAUACAUUAAGUUUGAAAAUUUAAAAUCUUAAACUAGGCUCCAAAAAACACAAGAAGAUCAAUUCAAGUAGCAUAAGAACCAACAAUAGAAUUCGAGCCUGAUUCAUACUUUGAUAUAAAUAAUCAAAUUCCUGUAAACUAAUUAUUCAGAAUGAUAAAUCCAUCUCCUGAUGCCAUGUAGCAAGAGCCAUAAUGA